UCCUCAUCAAGAGGGGAGGCAGGCAUCGGCACUGCUCCCUGAGAAGUAACAGAUGAAUGGGCAGCUUGUUGACUUCUCUAGGAUUUGGGUAUGAGAUGCCAGUUGUUUUGGAAGGAGAACCUGUUUGGUGGGUCUGAUUUGAAUCUUGAUAAAGGGAGCAGAACACCAGCAUGUAGAAAUGAGCAGACUCCAUGAAUGGAUUAAAGCUUCAGAUACUGUCUGCUCUCACUCGGGACUUUAUCGACACUUCUCACCUGCAAUAUGGAGCCUCUGUUUGGGGUUUUGCUGGGUUUGAUUCUGGCGGUAGCUUCAGCAGCAGAGAGCAACUGUACCUGUGCGACCAACAAGUGGACGGUAUGUGCCCAGGACGCAUCUGGGAACUGCACCUGCAUGCUGGUAGGUUCAAAUCACAAGGUAGACUGUUCAACACUGACUUCAAAAUGCUUGCUGAUGAAGGCAGAAAUGAUCCCCCUGAAGGAGAAGCGCUUCCGGGGCCGUCCCCGUGGGCUGUUAGAUAAUGAUGGCAUUUACAAUCCAGACUGCGAGGACAGUGGUAUCUUCAAAGCCAGGCAGUGCAAUCAAACUGAUACUUGCUGGUGUGUGAACACUGCUGGAGUAAGAAGAACUGAGAAGGGUGGCAAAAGCCUGAGUUGUAGUGAACUGGUUAGAACAAGCUGGAUCUACAUUGAACUGAAGCACAAAAAAAGGUCCAGUGCCUUCGAUGUUCCCGAGGUAGCAAACGCCCUGAAACAUCUGUUUGAGAGCCGAUACAAACUGCACCCCAAGUACAUCGCAGCCAUUAAGUAUGAUUCCCCACUUAUCCAAAUUGGCCUGAACCAGAAUGACUCUAAGAAAUCUAGGUGUGACGUAGAUAUAGCUGAUGUAGCCUAUUACUUUGAAAAAGAUAUAAAAGAUGACUCUGUAUUUCAUUCCAACAGUACGUUAACUGUCUCUGUCAAUGGAGAUGCUCUGGAUAUUGAAAAACUAUGGAUUUACUAUGUUGAUGAAAAGCCACCGGAGUUUUGCAUGAGACAACUGGUUUCUGGCAUUAGUGCUGUGGUGACAGUGGUGAUACUGACCGCUGGCUUUGGCAUCACUGUGCUGGUUGUUCUGAAGUGGCUGCGGACAAGAAAAUAUGAGACAGUUGAGAGUAAAGAAAUGGGUGAAAUAAAAGCACUAAGCUUACAGCUGCCCUGAUCUGAAAAAAGGCAGGCAAGAACAGGAAGAAAAGAAGAAAAAAAAAAAAAGGCACAAAAUACAAAUAGGAAACAGACUCGGUGUAUGUGGAUGGAUCUGGAGAGUUGUUUUCCUUUUUACAGGAAUUUGUACAGUGAUAAUUCUAAAUUAUUCUAGUUUAGUAAGAAUGAAUUUUUUGGUUUUGGGUAUAAACUAAUUUGGGAAUCAAGUUACCUAAAUAUUUUAAAUGUGUCCCAAUUUAGAGGCUAAGAAAAUUGUUACAGUUUUCUAUUUAGCAUAAUGUAGAAUGCUUUCACUAGUACUGCAGGCCUGGUUCAGCUUGCUUAAAUACUCUUUGAGUGGUUCUUGGUAUAUCUACUUACCAAAAUUCAAAUACUUGCCUUGGCAUGAUUGGGUUAUAUAGCUGCUUUUCUGUUGGUAAAGACUUUUUUUAAAAUGUGGGGGUUUUUUAAAGUUGCUAGAACUUUUUUUUAAUCAACAAAUAAUUUCAUAAAUACUACUAAAUAACCAAAUAAGGUUUUGAUAAGAUAUUCUACAGCUCCAGAGGCUUUUAUACAGAGUCAUUUGUUAGGAAACAUUCCUGUGGUCACUUCCAGGUGCGGAGUUUCCGAGUUUGUAUUCAGGCAGCACAGUGAGCUAUUCCCACGUGUGCUCUUUAACAAGGGUCUGACACUCCUAGUCAGCAAAGAUCCCUUGAUCCCAAUGCAAGUGUAAGUUAACCUUGGUGUUCCACCCAAAUUCAAACUCUGGUAAUAGCUUUCUGUCUACCUAAAUUCCCCUUGCAAUUUUAAUGGGAGGAGAUAUUUUUCAGUGUUGUACAGCUUCACAGGAAUACUAGACAAUGCUUAAGGACAAGCUGAAAAAGAGCUUUAUUCUAGCAGAGCUGCAGGGGGAAUUUAAGAGCAGAGUGUAAUUACUGAAGUUGGAAUUUGGCCAAGACACUAGAACUGGACUUCUUUGCUACCUACUCAUCUGCUGUGUUACUUGUCUGAGAGGUCAUAUCCACCAUGAAGGACAUUUUAAAGAAAAUAAUGCUAGUUGUUAAAUGUUGAAAUAUUGGCAGUUAUAUUCUCUGUACUGCAUAUGGAUGUCUGAAGCCCCAUCAGUCUAAUCUGCUUUGUUCACAAUGAGACUGCUACACCUAGGCACUGCAGCAGGGUCACCUCUUUUAUUCUGUUAAUUAGUUUCAACAUUACUAGUUUGUAAUUGUAAUAACAGUCAGUAAUGUGCUGCUUCUAGGGCAAACUAUUAAAUAUGCAUCUCUGAUGUGUAUUUCACUCUGAAAAAAGUGAAGAUGCUUUGAUUCUGUUUCUGCCUUUGUUUAUAUAGAAGAGACUUGCUGUUUGGGGGGUGGAGGUGUGUGUUUGUUUAGUAAUUUUUGGCUCAACAUACACCAUUUCCAUUUAACCUCAUUCUUGUUCACUUACGUGCUGGAAGUAUUUUGACUUUGGAUACAUAGAAUGGGGCAGAUGCAUCAUGUUUCCCCAAAAUAAGAUUUUUAUGCAAUUGCAUCAGUGGUAUUAAUACAUUCAAAAAAUUUUGGAGCAGGGUCUAUAAUUUAAUUGUGUGCCUUACAGCAACAGGUCCAAGCUGGUUGUUUUUCAGUCAAGUAUGUACAUUAGUACUGAUAGAAGAUGAAGUGAGAAUUUAAUAUCUAGGCUGAAUUUUCUCAAGUCAUAGGAAAAUUCAGAACUUAUCCUAACUCCACACAAUUUUGCAACUACGUUUCUAUAAAAUGGAUUAAAUUAAAAAUCUGGAGCUGAGUAGCCCUCAGUGCUGAGGAAAUGUAGAAUGACAAUAAAAAUUUUCCAAGUACAUUGCUUAACCACUUUCUUAACUUAUGCAGAGCUGAUAAAAGCUAUGUGUUUGAGAGGUUUGUGCUGUCCUUCCAAAAGAGAAGAUCCUGAGAUGUGCAGUCUUUUCUGGGGAUCUACUGUGGCUUUCAACAUUCUUUUAAAAUCACUGCAUUUUUCUCAUUUCUGUCAUAUGAAAAAAAAUAUUUUCAAGGUAAAUGAUGAGCUUUUAUAUUAAAAUAGAAUAUUAACAUGUAGGCAUAAUUUUGAUUAGGAGAGGCAAAAGUGACUAAUUGUUGAAAAAAUCUUAACAGGUAACAGUUUCAGCAUCUUUGGCUCCUGCUUUUCUUUUUAGAAGCUGAGAUUGAGAAGAGAGGCUGUUGUGAUGCCUUUCAUAUUUUUAUUAAUCAUUAAAGGACUGCUGCAUGAAAAUCAUGUGUUGUGGUCAGUUCUUUUCUUGCUAGUCAUCACCACCAGCAGACUGCAUGCUGCUAGGGGACUGGAAAUGCACUAGCGUCAUUUAAUAGGAGUGGUAAGGUAUGUGUCUGCAAUUAAUCAAAAGAAGGGGAAGAUUAAUUGCAGUGCAGAGCUCAGAGAACCUCUCUUUGCACUAGAUCAUUCUACUUGAAUAAAGCUACGUAAAGCUACUGUAGGAUCUGGACUUUAAUAAA